AUGGCUGUCUCAUCUGAAAGGUAUUGCAUCCAAUGGAAUAAUCAUCAGUCGACACUACUGAAUUUUUUCAACAAUCUGCUGUACAACAAGAUGUUCGCCGAUAUCACCCUCGUCCUGGAUAACAAUGUGAUGGUCAAGUGCCAUAAGAUCGUGCUGUCCGCGUACUCGACCUACUUUCGAACUUUAUUCCUCAAUCUACCGUGCGAACAUCAGACAAUCGUGCUCAAAAAUAUCAAAAUUUCAGAAAUGAUGCCGAUUCUGCAGUUCAUGUAUCAAGGCAAGACAAACGUAAUAAAGAAUCAAGUGAAUGAUGUGCUAAAAGUUGCGAAAGCAUUGCAAGUGAAGGACCUAGUAAUAGAAGAUAACAAUAAAAGCAGAAGCAGUACGAUGAGCGAUCCUCGUCGCGAAGACGCAAUAAACAUGGUAACAAUGCCGUUGAUUAUCAACAUUGGCAACAAUGACGUAGCUGCUGCGCACAGCUUAUUAUCAUUGCAUUCCAGUGUGGAUCAUUUAUCGGCAACCCAAACAUUUCAUGAGCAACGGUAA